UGUCUCUUUCUGUCUUCAUUGAAAUAUAAAAAACUCUCUCUCCUCUCUCUCUUAUCUUCCCAUGAAAGUACUUCCACUGCAUAGCCAGUCUCAUGUGCACUAUCUCCAACAGAAAUUUCAUCAACCACUAAACACCCAAAACUCAUCAUUCUAAGCUCCUCUCUUAUCUUUCAAAAUCAUAUUUCACUUGCUCAACACCAACCAACCAAAAAAAAAAAAAAACCCAAAAAAGAUGUCUCUCAUUAGGUUGUAGAUAUGUCAACACUCAAAAACUACUUCAAAAAAGGCUACUCUGUAAUGGGUUGUCUUAAAUUAAGAACUUCACGGGUGGUUCUUAUUUUCUGUGUCUUUUCACUUUUGUGCUUCAAAGGACACUGUGAAUAUGGUCCAGUGAAAUUCUUGAAGGCUCCUAAUGCAUUCUCACAUAGGAACUCAGCAACAUUCAUAUUUGAGCUCAGCAAUUGCUCUAAUUGUACCUUCACUUGCAGUAAUUGUACCUUCACUUGCAGGCUAGAUAAUGGGGUUGCCUCAAAAUGUGAAGCUAAAAAGGUUUCAUACACAAGAUUGAAAGAUGGGAAACACACUUUUGAAGUUUGUUCCAAUGGGCUUCAGGGAUUGGGAUGUGCCAGCUAUAACUGGACAAUUGAUACAGUUCCUCCUACAGCAUAUAUCACUGCCCCUAAUCCUUUUACAAAUGCUUUGAAUUUUUCUGUAAAUAUAUCAUUCAGUGAACCUUGUAUUGGUGAAGGAGGUUUUAGAUGUUUCUCUGCAAAUGCCUGCAACCUGCUAGUCUAUGGUCCGGGCCAAGUUAUACCAACUUCACUACAUGUUCUGCAGCAAAACCUAACAUAUUCUCUUGCUGUGAGCUUAUCAUCCCAAGUUCAAUAUGGAAGAGUGGUCCUUGUAAUGGAUAAAUACUUCUGCACUGAUAAUGCUGGAAACAUAUUUGAAAGAGCAGCAAAUUCAAGUUUCUAUGUCCAUUUUGAUAGAAGAAAUGUAUUUGUCAACCUAAGGAUUCAUAUUCCGGAAAGGCUACUUCAACUUGGUGGUCAAACUAGAACAGUGCUGGCAACAAAUAACUACAAUCACCUCAAAGUGUAUCUAUAUUUCUCACAUCCAGUCCUUAAUUCAUCUGCAGAAAUUCUAAAUUCUCUGAACAUAAGUCAGGGAUCACUCCUUCCCAUUAGUGGAAACAAUGUUGGGAACCGCAGAUUCGGCUUUUUGGUUGAAAAUCUAUCUAGCAUUUCCAUAGUCACAUUAAGCCUCAACUCAAAUCUCAUAAUAAGCAGACAAGGGACUCCGGUUUCUCCAAUUUCGCCUGUAACUUUUCUUUAUGAUUCCAAUAGGCCUGCUGUGAAGUUGAGCACCACAUCUAGUGUGAGAACAAGAGAAAAUAUUAUUCCCAUAUCAAUAAUAUUCAAGAAACCUGUAUUUGGUUUCAACUCUUCUUCUGUAUCAGUCUCAGGAGGGAAUGUUCAAAGUUUUCAUCAAAUAAGUAGGAGCGCAUACAUCAUUGACAUACAAGCAAGUGAUGAUAUAGUAUCUGUCAAUGUUCCGGAAAAUGUUGCUGGGGAUGUUUCUGGAAACCAAAAUCUGGUGUCCAAUGUUCUACAAGUGAGGCACUAUUCAGUUCCUUUGAUAUCUUCUGUGGUUUCUGCCCUCGUAACUGCUUCAUUUUUGGCGAUGUCUCUUGCUGCUGGGAUUCUCACUUUCUCAACUGCAAGCCUCCAAACUUUUUGGACAUUUAGAGGACCAUCUUCUUUGACGAUUGAUCCUUCAAGAAGUCUUUUCAGAAUUGCUUUCUACAUCCAGGUUUUCGCGCUAUCUAGAUGGUUGGCAGUAAUGUUGCCAGUUGAGUACUAUGAAUUUGCCAGGGGAAUUCAGUGGAGCAUUCCCUAUUUUGAUCUCCCGUGGGAAAAUGGGCAAAGCAACCCAGUAAUUGUGGGCUCUAGUCCUUAUCCCAGCUUAAGUUCUCAUACCUCUAUUUUUUAUUCAGAAAGUUUCCGAAGCCUGCAACUGAAAGAAGAGAAUCCAAAUAUGACUGCUCCAAUAUAUGGUCUUCCACUCGGUCCGAUGGAAUACAGAUUCUAUUUUGAGAGCCAAAAUAUUAAACCAGAAGCUGAAGCACUUUUGGAGCCUCAAAACUCAAAUGGGUGGAAAAAUUUUGAUAGAAGCAUGUUUUGGUUAGCUUUGAUUGGUGGCAGUUUAGUCUUGCUGCAUGUCUUACCCCUUUUCUUCAUGAAGUUGAGAAAGAAAAGUUCCGAAAAUCGGAAGGGCUAUAAAGCACUCACCUUCCCAAGAUUUGAGAUUUUUCUUAUCAUUCUGGCACUUCCUUGUCUCUCAGACGUUUCUGCUGCCCUAGUUAAAGGAAAGGGUUCAUCAGGGGCUAUAGUUGGCAUUCUGUUGUUGGGAGUAGUGUCACUUCUUCUGCUAGCCUUGUUCAUUUUCCUCUCAUUUGGAAUCACUUUUGGGAAGCUACUUCAGUACAAGGAAGUCCAUAGAGAAGGUCAAACAUUCCAUUGGUAUCAAGAACUCGUCCGGGUCACACUUGGUCCUGGCAAAAGAGGCCAAUGGACUUGGAAAAGACAAGCAAACUCAGACUACUUGAUUAUCUUAGGCCCUCUAUUUGAAGACCUAAGAGGCCCUCCUAAAUACAUGCUCUCACAGAUUUCUAGUGGCAAUCCCCAAAAGCACGGUGAUCGGAUCAUCGCCUCCGAUGAUGAGACAGAAGAUGCAGAAGCACCCUUCAUUCAGAAACUGUUUGGAAUACUGAGAAUAUACUACACACUACUCGAAUCUAUCAAGCGUGUUUGCCUCGGAAUCAUGGCAGGUCUCUACAUGGAGAAUUGGUCUUCCAAAACUCCAUCAUUGACCCUAUUGUGCAUGACCUCUUUUCAGUUUUUCUUCCUUGUUCUCAAGAAGCCAUUCAUCAAGAAAAAGGUUCAACUGGUUGAGAUAAUUUCGCUUUCGUGCCAAGUAGGACUAUUCGCCACAUGUCUAACACUUUUGGAGAAGGACUUCUCAUCUGGGGGUGGGGCUAAAGUUGGGAUCUUCAUGGUUACAUUAUUCCUAGUUGGAUAUUUGGCACAUAUGGUCAAUGAGUGGUAUGCUCUAUAUAGACAAACAAUGCUUUUGGACCCUGCAGAGAAGUCUUUCAUACAAGGCUUUAAGAUAGCUUCAAUUGGGUGUAUACUCCUAUUUAUCCCACAGAAAUGGACCAAAAAACUUGAGAGCAGAUUCUCACAGCCUAGGCAGGGACAAACUCAGAGUGCUAACCAAUCUUCUGAGGGGUACAAAAGCUCGAGUCAGAGCUCGGGGUCAACCGAAAAACCGUGGCUGAAACAGUUGAGAGAACUGGCAAAGGCUAGCUUUAGUAGAGAAGGAAGUGGAGGAGCUCCAAAUGAUCCUUCAAGCAGUAGAACUGGAUUGAGCGGGAUUUGGGGAACCAAAAGGAGCGGGAGCCCAAGUAAGAGCACCUCUUCUGAUUCAAAGUCCAAGUCAAAUCAAAAGGGGACAUUGUACAAAGAUUUAGAAGCUAUUUUUUCAUCCAAGUAGUGAAGAGCAAAGGCAUAGACAGAUUAGACAAGAACUACUUUUUGGAGACCUCAAUGGAGAACUGAGAAAUGGGAGAUUGAUUGAUUGGAGAACUACUUUUUGGUUUGCAUGCACAAAAUUAAGGCUUAUAUAUAUAGAUAUAUAUAUUUGAGUGAAUAUUGUAUCUGUUAUUUCAAUGAUAAAUAUCUUUAAGUGCAUUGGAUAUAGUAGGCGGUGGAACAUCUUCCCACCACACUACAUCUUCUUUUAGUCUAAGACCAUGCUUAGACUAAAAUUUCUAAGGCUUCAAGAUUUUCCAACAACGAGAUUCACCAUCUCGAAU